ACCUGCUGCUCCCUCCAUCCUCCGGUUUUCCAUCCUGCUUCCUGCAGCCAUGAGUUUGAGUCGGACCAAGCGGAUCAGCUCCAGCGGCUCCGUCCGCAGCGGCGGCUCCCGGCGGUUCAGCGGCUUCGCUCCGGCUGCGGCGCCGUUCAGCGGCGUGUCGCUCAGCAGCAGCUCCCUGUUCGCCGGCGGGCCCCACGGAGGGCCCCACGGAGGGCUGGGGGCCUCGCUCACCUCCCUGUCGGUCAACAAGAGCCUGUUGGCCCCCCUGAACCUGGAGAUCGACCCCAACCUGUCCAUGAGCAGAAAUCACGAGAAAGAGCAAAUCAAGAGCCUCAACAACCGCUUCGCCAGCUUCAUCGACAAGGUCCGCUUUCUGGAGCAGCAGAACAAGAUGCUGGAGACGAAGCUGGAGCUGCUGCAGUCUCAGGGCGUCAGUCGCUCCAACGUGGAGCCGAUGUUCGAGGCCUACAUGGCGGCGCUGCGGCGGCACAACGACCUGGUGAACAACGACAAAACCAAACUGGACGGGGAGCUGAGGAACAUGCAGGGCCUGGUGGAGGACUUCAAGCACAAGUACGAGGACGAGAUCAACAAGCGAAACAACCUGGAAAACGACUUUGUCAUCCUGAAGAAGGAUGUCGACUCGGCCUACUUGGUCAAAGCUGAUCUGGAGGAUAAGGUUGGCGCUCUGACUGAUGAAAUCAACUUCCUGCGCAGCGUCUACGAGGAGGAGCUGCGUGAGCUGCAGGCCAGCAUCAGAGACACGUCGGUGGUGGUGCAGAUGGACAACAGCCGCAGCCUGAACAUGGAGCAGAUCGUGGUGGAAGUCAAAGCCCAGUAUGAGGAGAUCGCCGCCCGCAGCAGAGAGGAGGCCGAGGCCUGGUACAAGAGCAAGGUGCAGCGUGCCGCUUCCUGGGCUCGUCCAGCAGCCUGUCAGACUGUAAAGAUGCAGAGUGACAAGCUGUCGUGUUUCCAGUUUGACCAGAUGUCGGUGCAAGCCAGUCAGUUUGGAGACGAGCUUCGCAUCGUGAAGGGAGAGGUCGCCGAGGUCAACCGGCUGAUCAGCCGUCUGCAGAGCGAGAUCGAGGCCGUGAAAGCGCAGCGAGCCGGUCUGGAAAACCAGCUGGCUGAAGCAGAGGAGCGAGGAGAGCUGGCGGUGAAAGAGGCUAAAGCUCGAACCCGAGACCUGGAGGACGCUCUGCAGAGAGCCAAGCAGGACAUGGCCCGGCAGCUCAGGGAGUACCAGGACUUGAUGAACCUGAAACUGGCUCUGGACAUUGAGAUCGCCACCUACAGGAAGCUGCUGGAGGGGGAGGAGGACAGACUCGGGCAGCAGUCCAUCCUGAACAUCCAGGCCGUCUCCAGCCCCGUUCCUAAAUACAGUAACGGUUAUCAAGGCAGCAGCAGCAGCAGCAGCUCUCCGGCUCCCAAGCUGCUCAUCAAAACCAUCGAGACCAGAGAUAACUCCAGAUUCAGCUCCCACUGACUGCCAUGCAGCAGCAACUCUCAUAGUCAAUAUCUGAGAUCAAUACACUUAGAAACAGAACUGGGAGGCAUGAAAUGUUAUAGUGGUAUGUUUAGUAGCUCAAUCAUUUAGAGCAACUGAAACUGAAGCCAGUAAUACAAGAAGAAUAUAUCCAGGAGAUAAACUUAGAGUGUAAAGACAGUCAGCUCCUCGGUAACUGAAUUAAUCUAAUAAUCAUCUUUAGGUAGAAAUCUAAUCAUGGAUUUGACUGAAUUUAUUUGAAUUAUCUGGUAAUUCACAAAUACAAAUCAUUUUUGCAGGUGAGUUGUGCUUUUUUCUUAAAUACAUAAAUAAAAUGUUAAUUUGGAAACAGGGUGGGAUUAUCACUGAUUUAAUUCAAUGAACGGAUUUAUUUGAUAAGAAAACAGAUUAUUUCUUCCUGUAAUCUGAUGUUAUCUGAGAUCAAUAAAUAAAAUCUAACAACAUGA